UCCUGCUCCCCGCCCCUCUUCGCCCUCCCGUGAAGUGAGGAAACGAAAGGCCGCCUCUUUCUCUUUUGGUUUCCUCGGCUUCCAGCGUGGGGAGCGCGCCGGGGACGCAGGCCUAGCUUCGUCUGAGCCGGCUCUGCACGCGCGUCGGGACCGGGGGUUUCCUCGCCUCACACUGGUCGGGACCAGCAAACUUGUAGCGGCGGCGACCUCUCGGCCCUGAACCGGGCUUCGGGACGACGGAGAAGUGACUUCUUACUCUUUUUUCCCCCCUUCUCUUCUCUCCCCCUGCCCCUCCUCCCCCUCCCGUUCUUCCUGCGCGUGGUCCCUCUGGGAAGGCGGCCGCGUGCGGCCAGCCAUGCAUUAGGCAGGCCUCCCCUAUGCCCUCGGAGAUUGCGGACCCGCCGGUCGUCACCGCCUGCCGCCUUCGGCUCAGCCCGAACCGGAGCCGCCGCUCGUCCUAGGCCGGGGAGGCGAGAAGCCGGGGGAGCGGCCAUGUGGGGCUAGCCGGAGCCGCGCUUGGGCUGCAGCACAACCGGCAAUAUGGAGGGGGCCGUCGGCGCCCCAGACGGCGGGGACCAGGGCGGCGCGGGGCCCUACGAGGACGCGACGCCCAUGGACGCCUAUCUGCGGAAACUGGGCUUGUAUCGGAAACUGGUGGCCAAGGACGGGUCGUGCCUAUUCCGGGCCGUGGCGGAGCAGGUGUUGCACUCCCAGUCUCGUCAUGUUGAAGUCAGAAUGGCCUGUAUUCGCUAUCUUCGAGAGAACAGAGAGAAAUUUGAAGCGUUUAUUGAAGGAUCAUUUGAAGAGUAUUUAAAACGUUUGGAAAAUCCACAGGAAUGGGUUGGACAAGUGGAAAUAAGUGCCCUUUCUCUUAUGUACAGGAAAGAUUUUGUAAUUUAUCAGGAACCAAAUGUUUCUCCUUCACAAGUAACUGAAAAUAAUUUUCCUGAAAAGGUAUUACUGUGUUUUUCAAAUGGGAACCAUUAUGAUAUUGUCUAUCCCAUAAAGUAUAAAGAAAGCUCUGCUAUGUGUCAGUCUCUCAUUUAUGAAUUGCUGUAUGAGAAGGUAUUUAAAACAGAUGUUAGUAAAAUCUUGAUGGGUCUAGACUCCUCUGAAGUGGCCGAUAAAAACAACAGUGAUAUAUCAGAUUCAGAAGAUGACAAUUGCAAGAUUAAAAGUACCACCGCCAAUGAUGUGAAUGGAUCUAAAGCUUUGUCAGGCAAUCAGCAUCCAAAUAACAAUGGGGACUCUGCUAGUCCUCCUUUGUCUAGAAAGGUUCUUAAAUCACUCAAUCCAGCGGUUUAUCGAAAUGUAGAAUAUGAACUUUGGCUGCAGUCUAAACAAGCUCAACAAAAACGUGAUUAUUCCAUUGCUGCUGGCUUACAGUAUGAAGUUGGAGAUAAAUGCCAAGUUAUGUUAGAUCACAAUGGAAAAAUUUCUAAUGCAGAUAUUCAAGGGGUUAACUCUGAAAAUGGACCAGUUUUACCAGAAGAACUUGGAAAGAAACCCUCACCAAAGAACAUCAAGACACCAACCCCGGAAAGCUGGAACACAGUGCCAGGGAAGAAGAUGAGAAAGCCUUCCACAUCUGGACAAAAUGUUCAUUCUGACAUGGAUUACAGAGGGCCAAAGAACACAAGCAAGCAAAUAAAAACCCCAUCAGCACUACCUCCUCGAUUACAGCAUCCUUCGGGAGUAAGACAGCAUGCAUUUGCUGGUCAUUCUUCAGGGUCCCAGUCUCAGAAAUCCUCCAGUGAGCACAAAAAUCUUAGCAAGACACCUUCACAGAUCACUAGAAAACCCGAUCGUGAGAGAGCUGAGGAUUUUGAUCACACAAGUCGAGAAUCUAAUUAUUUUGGCCUCUCUCCAGAGCAACGCAGAGAGAAGCAAGCUAUGGAAGAGUCUCGCUUACUUUAUGAGAUUCAGAACAGAGAUGAACAGGCUUUCCCUGCUCUUUCCAGCCCUUCCGUCAGUCAAUCAGCUUCUCAGAGUAGCAACCCAGGCACCCAGAGAAAGUCAUCUCAUGUGAAUGACAGGAAAGGAAGUAGACGGAGAGUGGAUACCGAAGAACGAAAAGAUAAAGAUCCCGUCCACGGGCAAAAUCACUUGGAUAAGAAACCCGAGCCAAGCACAUCAGAGAAUAUUGGCAGUGAUAAAUGUGCAAGAAUUUCAUCACCAUCAAAGUCAAAGAGAUUGGAAUCCUCAUCUCCUAUAGAACAAUUGUAUGCAUUUUUUGUAGGUGUUCCUGCUCAAAUUCCUGUUUUGUCAGUGACACAGACUCUGACCACGGGACCUGAUUCUGCUGUGUCACAAGCUCAGUUAGCACCAUCGCCAGUUCCUGUUUCAAUACAGGCCGUUAACCAGCCCUUAAUGCCUUUGCCUCAGACACUGAGCCUUUACCAGGACCCACUCUAUCCUGGUUUUCCUUGUAAUGAAAAAGGAGAGCGAGCCAUUGUACCACCCUACUCACUGUGUCACACUGGGGAGGACCUGCCUAAAGAUAAGAACAUUCUUCGAUUCUUCUUCAAUCUUGGUGUGAAGGCUUACAGUUGUCCUAUGUGGGCUCCACAUUCUUACCUGUAUCCUUUGCACCAGGCCUACAUGGCAGCCUGCAGGAUGUACCCAAAGGUCCAUGUCCCUUUGUAUCCUCAUAGCCCUUGGUUCCAAGAAGCUCCUCCUACUCAGAAUGAAAGUGAUUGUAGUUGUGCAGAUGCACACUUUCCUAUGCAGACUGAGGCCAGUGUUAAUGGUCAGAUCCCACCAGCAGAGAUUGGACAGCCAACGUUUUCUUCACCUCUGGUUAUCCCUCCACCCCAAGUGUCUGAAAGUCAUGGACAUUUGUCUUACCAGCCUGAUCUUGAAACCGAGAACCCUGGGCACCUUCUUCAUGCUGAAUAUGAAGAGUCGAUGGGUGGCAAGAAUAUGUUCCCACAACCAUCCUUUGGGCCGAAUCCAUUCUUAGGCCCAGUUCCCAUUGCACCUCCUUUCUUUCCUCAUGUUUGGUAUGGCUACCCAUUUCAGGGAUUUAUCGAAAAUCCAGUAAUGCGGCAGAAUAUUGUCCUGGCCUCUGAUGAGAAAGGAGAAUUGGAUUUGCCCCUGGAAAAUCUGGAUCUGUCUAAAGAAUGUGCUUCAAUUUCAGUAGUUGAUGAGUUUCAGGAGGCUAGUGGUGAAGGUCCACUCCCUGUCCCGGAAGCAGUUAUGACCAGUAAGCAUGAAGGCCGGGUGGAGCAGUCAUCCCAGACACCUAAGGCAGAUCUGGCCCUGGCUUCCACCCCUUCUGCAGCAGAGGGAAAGGCUCAUCUUCCCACUCAGAUUCUAAACCGAGAGAAAGCAACCUCUAUUGAACUUGAACCUAAAAGGACCAUUUCAAGUGUAAAAGAAAAGCCAGAAAAAGUGAAGGACCCUAAAAUUGUCCCUGAUGUAGUUAGCCCUGGGGCCAACUUGGUGGAUAGUAGAGUACAAAGACCAAAAGAAGAGAGUUCAGAAGAUGAAAAUGAAGUGUCUAAUAUUUUAAGAAGUGGCAGAUCCAAGCAGUUCUAUAAUCAGGCUUUUGGAGGCAGAAAGUACAAAAGUGAUUGGGGUUAUUCUGGCCGGGGAGGGUAUCAACAUACAAGAAGUGAGGAGUCCUGGAAAGGACAGCCACACCGAAACCGUGAUGAAGGUUAUCAGUACCAUCGCAACACCCGAGGACGGCCGUACAGGGGGGACAGGAGGAGGUCCGGGAUGGGAGAUGGCCAUCGGGGACAGCACACUUGAUACUUGCAGCUGAAGUGUUGUCAAGCAGACACCAAUGGGUGCAAUGUUUUCUGAAGGCUUUUAAAAAGUUGAUUAAAAUAAAAACCCAAAUUGGAUUCAUCGUCUCCCCUUCCAUCGUGAACAAGAGAUCUUGGACACGAGUUCAAAGGGGCAGAUGAGUUCCCAGUAUGGCCAUCUUCAUUCAAAAGCUUCAUUUAUCGGGUGACUGUCCCCCCCCCAAUGAAAAAGAGGAAAAGCUAAGUAUCUUUUAUAAACAGCUUGAUAUAAACAUAGAUUUAGUGUUUGAUUUUUUUUUCCUUGUAUGAUAUGUUUGACUUCAAAUGUUGGAAAAAUGUGCUUUAUAUAGUGUUUAUUAAAUUGGCAGAAAAAUGUACCAUUUGACACACUAUAGAUUCCAAAACAUAACGUUGCACCAAAUAGAAAUGUCUAUUUUAUUAUUCAAUGCCUUAGUAAAAAACUGGGCUCAAACAAUUCUCAGCCUCAAACACUGUUUUUUGAAAUGCUUCCAACCCAAAGGCCUUUCAUCUCAAUAUCUGUCAAACUUGAAUACUGUCUUCUCUUUAAUAUUACACAUAAGGCAGCCUAUUAUCCUGUGUAUUAGAAAUGUAUAUAGUCCUUUUAAUAUACAUAAGGGUAUAUUUUUGAAUUUUGGUGAGUAUUUGUUGAAUAUGGGGUUGCAGAUAGAAUAGGUAGACAUUUAAGAAACAAGAAAUCCUUAGAAAUUCCCACCAAGAAUUCUUAGCACUGGUGUAAAUAUCAUGGUGCCUAUUAGAAAGAAAUGUAGAUGCUAUGCAUUUUGAAUAAACCUGCAUCUGUUCAAGCUGCAGACAUUUUUAAAUGCCACUUUAACACUAAUGCACUGACAGAGUCUAAAUAUUUUGUGAGAAGAAAUGCAAACAUUUUUAGUUUGACAAGGUUUCUAUGGAGUUAACUCUUUUUUUCCAUUUUGAAUUUCUUUUCUCCUUGCGCCAUUGGUUAUGUGUAGGCCUUUACCAUUUGCAUGUUUGGACUUGUCACAGAUGGAACGAUUGUGACUUUCAGUGUGUUAUUUUUCUUCUCUCUAGAGGAUGCUGCUAGCGAUGGUUUUGCUUUUCAUUUUACAGUUUAUAACCCCUAGGCAACAUGCCUCUGACCCCGCUUCCUCUCCAAUCUCUGCAGUAUUCCUAGCAGUUGCCCUUGCAAGGUGUUGUCUCUGCUCCUGCAAGGUUUGACUCUGAAUUGACACAGUUUCAUUCAUCUGUGUUAUUUGGGGGAAACUUUCUGUAGCAUAUAUUUCCUAUUUGUACAUAACAAUGUGAAAAACUUCCCUUUUUUAUGUUAAAAGAUGACCUUUUGAUCAGGAAGCUUUGAGUGCUAUGCAAAAUAACGUAGUAGUAAUUUCUUCUGCUUAUAAUAUACUAAGCCCCAAAUCGAUGUGUAGUGGCUUUUUAAAAAUAGAUUACUUUAAAAGCAUACAGUUCACUUGAAAUUGACAAACUGAAGCAGUUAUGUUUCCUGGGUUCUCUGUAACCUACAGAAAUAUUUGGAUUCAAGCUAGGCUAAGUGAAUCUCCACUGUACUGUAAUAAUGGUUAUUUACCUCUGUGCUGUAUUAAUUACCUAAUGUCUGUGUAACUGCUGAUUUGAGUAGUGAUUAGCAUUUAGAUGUUUUGUAACAUAGAACUUUUAGAGUGCACUUUGAAAGAUAACAUUUUAUUAUGAUGGUGCUAGGUAAAAAAAAUUGUAAAAAUUGGGAUGGUUGUAAGGAAAGAAAAAAUUCCCGAAAGAACCUGUUGGUAGGAAUUUCUGUUGUUACCUUUAAGCUAGAAUAUUGUUGGAGGUACUACUUUCCAUCAUUUGUUGUAACACCAGUUGAAUAUGGAAUGAGUAAGACCGCUGGAGGGUUCUUCACUUUUCCCCGCCCAGGCUUAUAUAAUGAGUAGGUUUAGUUUACCUGGUAUUUUUCCUGAAAAUCACAUUUGGAUGGGAACGCAGAUUUAAGAAUUUGAUAGGUUAAUCUCAGGAGUCUAAAAGAGUUGCUGUUUUGAGUUUCAUUUUCUUGACUGGGCUAUGUUCCCAGUCACUGGACUGUCUAAAGAGUGGAUUGGACAGAAUGCUGUUCUUUUCAUCAUUGUUCGCUGCCUUACCUCAAUCGGUGGUAACAGUACGUUACAGCUCCUGAAGGAAGAGUGCUGGCAGAGAAGUUCAGCAGAUGGACUUGACUUGGUCGCCUCUGGAAUAAAAAAUCGUUUGAGUCUUGACAAUGUUUGCAUGCAGGUGUUUUGUUUCUUUUAAAUCCAGGGAAUUCUUGCCUUAUCCUGAGGUCAACCGAGGACAAGUAAACUUGUGUCUUCCUUCAUUUUAAUUGACAAGAGUAAUUCUUUUAUAUUUAUACAAGAUGCAAAAUUGGAGAAUUUGAGAAUAGGUUGUGGUUGGCAGUUGUGGAGCUUCAAUGGAGAUCAUACACCUUUUGAACAAAUGUUUAGACUGACCAAAACUCACUUCUUUUAGUUAGGUGCUUUUGCUGUCCCCUGUCCCUUCCCUUUUAGUAUUAUGUAUCUUUCUCUUUGUCAAGUCCAUUUCCUCAGAAAUCUGCAGCUCCUUCUUGCCCCCGUGACAGCAGGACACCGGCAUCUUUGGGGUCUUUGUGCUGCCUGCUCUCCUAACUAGUGUGCUUGCUCACAUGCAUGGCAGACGUAAGCUGACCUUGUCUUGACGGCACGAGUAGGCUUUCCCAAACCACUGUGCUGAUACUACUUAUUUGAUGCAAACUCUAAUUUUGCAGUGUGCUGUUUCUUUUGUGACUGAAGGUUGAAUUAAAAUGCCUGUGAGCUGCAAACUUGCUUCAGAUUGACUUGGUGCAAUAAAGUUCCUUUCUAACCUUUUCUGGUUUAGAAAACAUUCAGCCAUCCUAGAGACUUAGCAAUAUUUAUUUUUGCCUCCUUUGUUUUAUCUACAGUUUUGGAAGAGUUGAAUUUUUUGCCUUUCACUAAUGGGUACUAAGCAAGGUCCAUUCUAGUGUAGCUGAAGAUAAUGCACAUUUGGCUACACUAUUUCUGUUUACUGUUUUUUGCUCCCUGUUUUAUGCCCAAAUACUGUUGUGUUUUUGUUAAGAAUCUUAAUGGCUCAGUUCCAGUGUAUCAGUUUCAAAGAAGUAAGAUUUUGUACCAGUGUCAACUAUUUACUUUCCCACUAAUUAGGAUUAUUUUUUUAAAGGGACCCCACCUCUUCUCUCAGUACAAGUUUUGGAAGAUUCUAGAAAAGGGGCGGGUGCAUGUCUUAAUGCUGAGAAACGGCUUUAGGGUUGAAUUUACUUGAAUGGAUUAAAAAUUAUUGUUACAGUUAGAAACAGUGUAUGUAUGAGAAAUGAUAAUAGCCUUACACUGAGUACAAAUAAUACUUAAAAGCAUGUGAAGAUGUGAUCAUUUGUGAUGUUACUUGUUAAAAAAAGUAUACAUAUCUUUUGAAGUGUUGAAAAGAAAAUAGUACUUUAUAUUCUUUAUCAUAUCACUUUUUGUAAGUGUUCAAUAUAUUCCUGUUUAUUUUUCUAUGUUCUGUUUUGUAGCCUUAAGAAGUGUUUCAAAAAUAUCUGAAUGUAUAAAAGAGUAAAUGCCCUACAUGGUGUGAUGCUGCAUUAUAUAUAAAAUUGUGUGCAUACAUUAAA